AUGAAUAUCUUCACCGAGAACAACUUACUCGACCCGUCCUCUCUAGAUUCUGUGGACUACGACCCAGUAGACCAUCUCAACACCCUCUUCUCCCGGCCUUCCGCCGCCGUCUCUUCGAUCGACCGCGUCUCCAGCACCUUGCAGUCCCACCGAGAUGAUCUUUCCUCCUCCAUCAACGCCCUCGAGGCCUCCCAGGCCUGGGGUCCCGACUCGAGCCUCGAGCGCAUGCAGUCCGCCCAGGCCGAGCUCGCCAGCCUGUUCCAGCGAAUAGAAGGCGUACGCAGCCGCGCUCUACAGACGGAACGUGACAUCACCACAAUGACCGCCGAGAUCAAGCGAAUCGAUGGCACCAAGCGCAACCUCACCCUCAGCAUGACAGCCCUCAAGCGCCUGCAGAUGCUAACCACGGCCUACGAUCAGCUGCGCGGUCUGGCCAGGACCAGGCAGUACCGCGAGUGUGCCGGCCUCCUUCUGGCUGUCCUCCAACUUAUGAAACACUUCAAUAGCUACCGGAGCAUCGAGCAGAUCGCCGUGCUGAGCAGAAAUGUUGCAGACCUGCAGCGGGAGCUGUUGGAGCAGGUGUGCGAGGACUUCGAGAUCGCCUUUGCUAAGGCAGAGAUACCCCAGCGAAAAGGUACGCUCAUCGAGGCCUGCAUGGUCAUGGAUGCCCUAGGAGAAAACGCAAAGAGCAGAUUGAUCACCUGGUACGUAAACACUGAGUUGAGGGAAUACCGCCAGGUGUUCCGUGGCAACGACGAGGCGGGCAGCCUGGACAACAUCGGCCGGCGGUAUGCCUGGUUCAAGCGGAUGCUGAAGACACACGAGGACGAGCAUGCCGCCAUAUUCCCCCCGCACUGGAGGGUUAACGAAAUGUUGGCCAUGUCGUUUUGCGACGGGACCAGGGACGAUUUCAAGGGCAUCUUGGAGAAGAGCAUGCGACGCGUCGACGGCCAAAAAAUCGACGUCAACCUGCUUUUGAGCUGUCUGCAAGAGACCAUGGACUUUGAACAAGGCCUUGAGAAGCGCUUUUCAAACGAGCUGCCCCGUGCAAGUAUCGACACGCUGAGCUCAUCCGACGACCGAACAAAUAAUUUCAAUGGCUCCAUAUCGGUGGCCUUUGAGCCGUAUCUGAGCCUGUGGGUAGAGUCGCAGGACAAGGCUCUGGCGAAUAUGAUACCAAAGUACAAAAAUGGGCCUCUGAUAGACGAAGACGAGGAGUUCUCCCCCAAUGCCGUCAUACCCUCCGCCAUUGAGCUCUUCCAUUCCUACAAGAUCACAUUGUCGCAGUGUGCGAAGCUGUCUACCGGCGAAAGGCUGUUCGAUCUGACCAAGACACUGGCCAAGUAUCUCGAGGAAUAUGCACAGCAAGUCCUACUAGGGUUUCUGCAAAGGGGAGGACCCCAAGGCCCGCCCAUUCAAGAUGCCGUGUUGGUCCUCAACACCGCAGAUUUCUGGCACCAAAACACCGUGCAGCUUGAAGACAACAUCAAGAAGCGGGUUGACCCUGAGUUCAUGGCGAAGAUCGACUUGUCCUCGCAAGCGGACACCUUCCUCGGUGUCGUCAGUGCUGCUAUUCAAGCCCUAGUCCACAAGGUUGAGGUCAGCUGUGAGGGAGCGUGGAGGGAGAUGAAGAACACUAACUGGAGGGAGAUGGAGAGCGUCGGAGACCACAGCUCGUAUGUUGGAGAGCUGCUUCAGCACGUAAAUGCGAAGACCGAGGAGGUUCUGUCCAUUGUCGCCAAACAACAAUAUGCGAGAGCUUUCUGUGACAAUCUCGUCGAGCGAUUGGCGACAGCUUAUGUCAACAACAUUGUUCUAUGCCGCCCCAUCUCUGAAGGUGGCGCUGAACAGAUGCUUCUCGACAAGUAUACGCUUGCCAAGAACUUUGAGAAGCUCCUGGGUUACCACAAUGCAUCAUCGUCCCGCGACUCGUACCAGCCACCAGCCACGUAUAUCAAGCGUGUCAACCAGGUUAUGACACGCAUAGACCCUCUACUGAAGACUCUACAAGUACGGCCAUCGCCACCUGAGGGCCUUGUCCAAGCCUAUCUCAUCCAUGUCGGGGACCGAUCAGAUACCAACUUCAAGAAGAUCCUCGAGCUCAAGGGCGUCCGCAAGCAGGAUCAGGCUCACCUGCUGGAGCUGUUCUCUCUUCACCGUGACGGCGCGAGGACGGACAAGCAGCUGGUAGAGAACUCACCCCUCUUGGGCCCUUUGCUGAACGCCUCCGGACUUGGUAGCACUGGUCUCGGGAGCAUCGGAAACUCUGCCCUAAGCGGUGCCGCAGGCCCGGGCGGCCGCUUCGACGCAGCAUCGUUGGGCGAGAAAUUGCUCAGCGCUGCUCGGGACGCGUCUGACCGGAUCGGGACACCUACCACGGCCGGAGCUCCGGGUGAAAAGGCGACUAUCAAUGAGAAUUUGAAGAACAUUGGAAAAUUCUUCCGAAGAGACAUUGGCGUGCGGUUCGGAAAGAGAGAUGUCACCCCUACAGGUGGCCCUGAUGAGUUGCAAAGGGGUUAG